AUGGCUGCUGCCUGGAAAUCAUGGCCUCACCUCUUCCACAUCUGUUUGUUACUGUGUGCAUCUGGAGCCGUGUCACAGCUGUUCAAGCUGGAGCCGCUGAAUUCGACAGUGCUGCAGGGCUCUGAUGUGACAUUCAGCGCCACCGUGGAGGGAACAUGGCAGGUCAUGACCUGGACCGUCCGAAGGUUUUUGGUUCUCACGGUCUCCACAUUGGGUAACGUUACCUCAUUCUCAGAACAGUUCUCUGCCAAGUUCUGUUCCAGCGGCGACUCCAGAUGUGUGAAGUUCACCAUCCAUAACGUCACCCGCAAUGAGUCCGGGCCGGUCAUCUGCACCGUGCUGGGGGAGUAUGGAUCACAGACUGCACAGCUUCAUGUUCAAGAGAGAGGAGUUGUGAACAUCGUGGGAGGUAACGUGACUGUGGAGCAGGACCAGCAGGUGGAGUUUCAGUGUGUAGCGGCUGCAUGGUUCCCUAUACCUUCUGUAAGCUGGACCAGGAAUGGCCACGCUGUAGACAGCAGCCUGUAUAACACCACCAGCAUGGCGGAUGGGGAUUCCUUUAACUCCACCAGUGUUCUCAAGUUCCAGGCAGUCAGUAACACCACAGUGGAGUGUCUGGCAACAGUGCCAGCACUAACAAAGCCACAAUCCAGCUCUGUCUUCUUGGUGGUUGUCCCCAAGCCUCCUGACUGGACUGUGCUGAUAGCUGUGGUCGUGUCCUUUGGAGGCUUUGCUCUGCUGGUUUUACUCAUCAUUGGAAUCAUCUUCUGCUACAAGCGCAGGAAAGAAAAGAAACGCAACUACCAAGAUGAAAUGAGGAGAGUGAGGACACAGAGCCAGUUAAGUGGUGUCAGUGCAGCUGGACAGAGAAAGGGUCAAGUGAACGCAGGAUAUGUGCCGGAGGGUCAAACAAGUGUCGCUCCCAGUGAACUCACUGACAGUGGCAUUUGCCAGGAAAAUGGCUCCAACAUUUCUCAGACGCCUGAUGUUGUGAACGGUAACCAGGCAGGAAGUGGCUACAAUAGUGCCUACAACACUGUGGAUCAGUCAGGUUACAGGAAACACAGACACGUCACCAUUGUGUAA